AUGGAAAAGCGUCUUUCAAGGAUACCAGGAAAUCAAGGAAUCACGUACGGGACCUUCGUCUUCGUCGACGAGGGACAUACUUUGGGAAAUGCACUUCCUUACGUGAUAAAUCAAUAUCCUGGCAUAAAAAUAUGCGCUUAUACUGUGCCUCAUCCGGCAGAGAACAAGAUACACUUCAAUAUUCAAACAACUGGAGAAAGUGCCAUUGAAGUGUUGAAGCGAGGUCUACAAGAUCUUGAAAGAAUAUGUGAUCAUACCAUUGAAACAUUUGACACAGCUUACAAAAAUUUCAAAUCAAAUGACACUCCUAUGGACACUACGUAA